AUGUAUCAUAAUUCUGAUAUUACACAUAACUGUUGUGUAUUGGUGAAGUUGAGCUAUCUUGGUGUUGGUGUGGGUCCUGGGAAUAUUCCAGUGUAUCAUGAGAGCAAUCUAAAGGUAGUUGAUCGGAGGGUGAGGAUUGCAGAGCUGGUUUUGAGGUGUGUGAUCUGUGGUCUAGGUGUUCUUGCUGCUGUUCUUGUUGGGUCUGAUACUCAGGUCAAAGAGACCUUCUCAAUUCAAAAGAAAGCCAAGUUCACUGACAUGAAAGCUCUUGUCUUUUUGGUAGUGGCCAAUGGGUUAGUUGCAGCCUACUCAUUGGUCCAAGGGUUGAGGUGUGUGGUGAGUAUGGUUAAAGGGACUGUGCUCUUCAACAAGUCCUUGGCUUGGGCUAUUUUCUCUUGUGAUCAGCUUAUGGCAUACUUGACUUUGGCCGCGGUGGCAGCGGCUGCACAGUCUUCAGUGUUCGCUAAGUUUGGGGAGUCAGAGCUGCAAUGGAUGAAGAUAUGCAACAUGUACGGAAAAUUCUGCAACCAAGUAGGAGAGGGAUUAGCCAGUGCAGUAAUUGCUAGCCUUAGCAUGGCGGUCCUCUUAUACGAUGGCGACAAAGGUGGUAAGAGCAGUGCAAGAUGGUAG